GAGUCCUUCAAGAUGACAGUAACAGAAACGCACUUUGUAGACGUCUGAGGCAAGUAAAACUUCAGAUGAAUCCUGCUACCAAUCAAAACAAUCAUGCCAUUAGCAAUAAUCGUUACCAACCUUCCACUCACGUCUAUCCCGCCCAAAUUUUGUGAAGAUUUAACGAAGCUUCUUUCGGUUGAAAUCAACGUGCCAGAGAAGAUCAUAUCGGUUCACGUUAAUGCAAAUCAACUAAUGACACGCGAUGGAACCCACGACCCUAGUGCCUAUAUUGAACUGUACAAUUCUACAGGAUUUGGGACAAUCGACGGGAAACGGAAGAUCUCCAGGGCGGUACUAGACUAUGCCAAGCAAAGUCUCAGCAUUGAGUCUUCCAGGAUCUUCAUACUCUUCAAGCAACCGACUGGUGACGAUAUUGGCUAUGAAGACGGACUGUUGUCUGACAUAUCGUCCUGAAAAAAAGAGGAGCCGCGAAAACUUUAUAUCCAUUUUUUGCAAUUGUUCGUGUUUUUGUGACCAUGCAGUUAUUGUACUUAAAGACUUAUGUAAAAUACAAUUUAUGUAUAUAGAUAAUUACGCUGCACUACUUUUAAAACGCCCUACUGUGUGUGUGGGUACAGCGGCGUAACAGGGGUCGGUGGCCAGGGGGGAAGAGUAUAAAAUUUCCUGGUCAUAUCAUGGUAUGAACAGGCGUAAUGGUGUAAUGAGGCGACUAUUUUGAGAAGGCCAAAUAUUGCGUAUCGGGCAGAAUUUAUCUUUAAAAAAAAGUUACGAGCGAGCGAAGCGAGCGAGCAAAAUUUUUGACCUUUUUAAUACAAAAAUCCAAUUUUGUGAUAGAUUUUGACAUGAUAUCCAGAGAAUAAUAUAUUUCACUCUUCUCUCUUUAGAUUAUUUUUUUUUGUGUGGUCUGUACGCCACUAUGAACAGGAUUCUCUGCGGCAGUAGCGUGAAGAGUAAAAAAAAAACAAGGGGCGCAGUAUAGCACAUGUGCUAAAAAGCUGCUUUAUAUAAGUCCCGAGCGAGCGAAGUGAGCGAGAAAAAAAUCACCUUUUCAUGAGAAUCUAACUUUGAGCUAUUUUUGACAUUAUAUUCAGUAAAUAAAAUCAUAUCCUACACUUUUCCUUUGCUUUUCUUUCCUCUUUUAUUGUUCUUGUUUGUAGAACUUUUGGGACCAUGGCCCAACCCUUCCAUAUGCAGUGCUGUGCGGUUGGGGUCCGGGGCGGAGUCCCCGGAACUUCUUGAUAUCAAAGCCAUUUAAACCUCGCAGAUUGCCGCUAUUUUAAUCAAAUCGCGGGCAUAUACAGAAUAUAGCUUUUACACAACACAUUUAUUCAACCCAGUUGCGUAAUGAACCAAAUAUUUUGAGGGGCCAAAAACAUAGCAAUGUGGGAAAAAUUUGUAAAAAGUCACCAGCGUGCAAAGCGAGCUGGAAAAAAAUUUGCCUAUUGAAAUUAAAUUAUAAUUAUAUGAUUGAUUUUUUCUAUUAUAUUCAGUAAAUAACACAUUUCAUUGUUUCCAUUCAUUUCAUUAUAUGUUGUCUCCUAUAAUUUCUUUUAUUUCCUCUUGGGUGUGGAACCAAGACCCCCCGCGCCUGUAUGCCAGUGAUUGAACGUGAUUGAACGGGGGCGUUAUAGAGCCUUUUGAAGGUUAUAAUGAAAAGCCCCUACUGCGUGGGGUCUGGGGCAAAGCCCCGGAAGGUUAUUUGCAUAAAAUUUAGCAAGCUUAUAACACAAUGUUGUAUGCAGUCCAUCUUUCUUCCCGCUCUUUAAUUUCAAUCAUCGGCAGCCCGGUCGUGUUAUUAUUAUUGUUUUCUUGUCCCUUUUCUUUGUUUUCUUGUCCCUUUUCUUUGUUUUCCAAUUUAGCUUUUGAUUAAUUACAUUCUACCUUUGUUUCCCGCUAUUGUAUGCCAUUUUGUCAUCUUUUAAUUUACUAGUAUUUCCCACCGUGCUAUUGCAUUACAUAUGCCUAUUUCGGGAUGAUUUGUUCUUUUUCAAAUGUUCUAAUUCUUUCGUACAUUUUCCCGCUUUCCUUCCUUUCUAUUAAAUUUUUUUUUUCUUCGUUUUCUUUUCACUUUUCCCUUUCCCUUCCUUUUCCUCCCUUCCUUUUUCCCUUUCCUUCCCCUUUCCCAUUCUUUCUCCCUCCUUUUUUUCCUUUCCCCGUUUUUCUUUAUUUUCCCGGUGAAAUCCGCCAGGGGGGCAGCUUGCCCCCCGCCUGUUACGCCACUGUGUGGGUGUCGGUGUGUGAGGAGGGGGACGGGGUGAAAAAUCAUGAGGUUAUGAAGACGGACAGUAAUUGUCUGACAUAUCUCCCUGACAAAAAUAGGAGCUGCGAAAGUUGUAUACCCACUUAUCGUUUACUUUCCUUCGUGUUUUCUUUAAUAAGCAAUAUUGUGUAGUGAUCGAAUGAAUUUAACAUAAAAAACUAUUAUGGAAAAUGAUAAUGACACACAAUGACCAAUUUAAAGACCCCCUCCCCCUCCCCAUGAUGCACAUUAAUCUGUGGUUGAAAUGCACAAUGGUUAGAUUUAAUGUUCUAUUGCAUAAAUUUGAAUAUGUUAUUAUAGCCAAGAAUUAUAUUGCAAAAUAUAGAGAUAAGGAUAUUUGGCCAGCAUCUGUAUAAAAAUAUGUCUCGAAUUUUAAUGACUUAAUAUGAAUAACCUCCGACACCUCUUGUAAAAAAAACGUUAUUGCAUAAAUUUGCAUAUCGUUAACAUUACAAAAAAAUAAAAAUCAGCAUUAAUAGCGACAUAUGAACAAUGUAUGUGGACUAUGUAUAUUAUUUUGUUACAGGCAUUGUCCGUAAUUGGUCGUCACAAGCCAUUGUUUUUUAUAGUCUACACCUUCUUCUGUAA